AUGUUCUCUCAGAAGCUCGCUCAGCAGCCGCUGCGACGGCUUGCCGUCCAGCAGCCCUACGCCAUGCGCUGGUCCAUGACCAACGGUGUCUCCCCUGCCUCCGUGGCUCUCGGAAACAAUGUGCAAAAGAGACAAGCGGCCACCUCCUCCAACACCUCUGACCCGACUCAGAUCCUCGCCCGGCAGCGCAAGAACCGCCCCGUAUCCCCCCACCUCUCCAUCUACCGCCCCCAGAUCACCUGGAUCGGCAGUAGCGCCCACCGUGUCACCGGUAUUAUCCUCUCCGGCGGCCUGUACCUCUACUCGACCGCAUACCUCGCCGCUCCCGUGCUGGGCUGGCACCUCGAGACCGCUUCCGUGGCUGCUGCCUUCGGAGCCCUUCCCAUCGUCGCCAAGGUUGGCCUUAAGAGUCUUAUGGCCUUCCCCUUUGUCUACCACUGCAUGAAUGGUGUGCGCCACUUGGUUUGGGAUCUUGGUCGUGGAAUCACAAACCAGCAGGUUAUUAAGUCUGGUUGGACGGUUGUGGGGUUGAGUGCCCUGAGCACGCUCGUGCUUGCUUUUCUGUGA